GGGACGCGGCGGCGGCGGCGGCGAUGGGCGGGAGGUUGACGCGCGUGUUCCGGACACUCAACGUGGAGAGCCGGGCCCGCCGCGAGAUCAGCAAGGAGAAGCCCACUCCCGCGCCGCGCCACCCCACCAGCCGCUUGGACGCGCUGACCGACAACCCUGAGAUACAGCAAGAAAUUUACAGGAAGGACGAUAGGCUCCUCGCCUUGUUAAAAGAUGUUUAUGUGGAGUCCAGAGACCCCCCGGCACAGGUAAAAGACGGAGGUGGUGAACAUCUUCCACGUAAACAUGUGGAAAAGAGAUUGACAAAACUAGGUCAAUUGGAAGAGCUAGAUAUUAAGAAAGUUCCCAAAGGCAAAAUUUCCAUUGUGGAGGCUCUGAUGCUUCUUAAUAAUCAUAAACUUCAUCCUCAGAUAUGGACUGCAGAGAAAAUAGCAGCAGAAUACAGUCUGGAACUGAAUGAAGUCAACUCUCUUCUGGAAUUCUUCAUUCCUUUUACAUUGCAUGAGUUUCCCAAAGAAACAAGAAAAGCUAUAAAACCAACAUAAGAAUAUUUACAAAGAAACUUGUGUGAUCUUGCUUGUGUCUUAAUUAUACUCCUGGGUAUAUUCAGUGUCUGAAAAGUGCUGGUAAUGUGUUAUCCAGCCAGGCUGCUGUCUUGUACCAAAAAGAUGUAUUCAGGCAAUUCCAUUCUGUAUUUGAUGGCUUCAGCUAAAUGUGGUAAUUACAGGACAGAGUUUGUGAAACAGAUUUUAACAACUAAGUUGUGUGAGAGCCUGUCACAGGAUUCUGAUUGUUGCAUUCAUGUGUUUUCUGUUCCGUUAAAAUAUGUAUUCUAUUCUAAAAGUUCUAUUUAGAAACUUAACAAACAAACAAAAAACAAUAAAACCCAUACAGGUUGUCUUUCUUAACAGAGGCUUCCUUGCCUUCAGCAAAGUCAGUGCUCUGUGUGUAUUAGCUUUGUAAUUCAUGUUGCAAGGACUUGCUCUCAAGGUGUGUGUAUGUUAAAGCAGCUGUAUUUCUACUGUAUAAAAGUUAAAUAAUACUUACACUUUACUAAGAGUGUUAGCCACAAGAAGAUUUGGGAUGUUCAGCUGUGUCAAAAUACAAAGGUGAACAGCAAGAAGGCUUCUUCCUGAUGACUAAUGUGUGACCCUUCUUCCACUCCAUUCUGAUUUUGCUGAAUUAUCUGUACCUCCCCAGGUACUCUCCAUCAGUCACUGAAUUUGUAGAGUGGAAAUCUAGUAUCAUGGCAGUCUUUUGCAGCAGCCUCUGGCACUUGCUGUAUGGGAAGUAAUGGUUCAUGCAGUGGGUAGCUAUUAAAUGCAAUUGUAUCUACUGAUUGGACCCACUAGUAGAUCUUUUGUAAAUGUCUACCUGUGCUGUUGUAAUAACCCUUUUUCCCCCAUGGAGGCCUUCUCUGCUUUAUCCAAGUACAAGCUUAGAUCAGCGUGUUCACUGAUAAGCUAGUUUUCCUCAUGCUACCACACUCAAGACAGACUGCAUCCUUUAGUUGUUAGUAAACGAUGUUAAACUGGGGAGAUAACUGGACUGUAGCCUUGAUACUCUCACUGUUUGGGUCUGUGUAGAUAAGGAAGAAGUUUAGUAUUGCUGGCAGGUAUUGACUAGUGAAAACCGGUUCAUGCUCUCCAGCUAACUUAGAAAAGAAAGCAGAAUUUAUGUUUAAAAUUACAAUAUGGUUGCUUUCAUUUAAAAAAAGUGUUUUCACUGUAAUGUGAAUGUUUCUAAAGUCCAUCACCAAAAAAGCUAAAUGUAACUUCCUUUUUAACACCUUCUCUAUUAGGUCUUAGAAUUCUGAUUAUGGUAAAUAUUUUACCAAGAAUGCCAUCAGCUUCUCUAUUUCAUAGCAAGAUUCUUAUCGCUUCUCUGAGGGGGAACACAGUAUUUAAUUAUAGUUUACCACAGUGUAUUCAAGGCUUUUUUUAAAGUACGCAUCAUUAUAGACUAGUGAAAGAUUGUGUAAGAAUCCUGUUUGUCUUGGACAUGGGUGAUGGCCUGGGCACUGUUCCUGUAACUGAACGGGGACAGACCUGAACUGAAAAUAACACCUAAUACUUCUGAGCUGUUAGCCACGUUAUGAGUUACUUGUUUUGCACAAAAUACCCCAUAUUGGGUAUAAAUGCUGUAACAGAAACACUGUAUUUUUCAAUACUGUUCAUCCGAGUGUAAUAUUUAAGGUGGAAUUCAGAAAGAACAGCUGUGGAAGACAUUUCGUACAGAUACUUAUUUUUGUAAGAGGCUCUGUGAUUUCCUUAUUUGAAAAUGGAUCUUCAGUUAUGUAUUGGAGUUGAUUAAAAACUUGCUUUACAAUCAGUAGUAGACAACGGUUUAACCAUGCCCUUUGACUCAGUACCUAUUUUGCUAUUUCCUUUACACUUGUAGCUUGGUUUUGUCUAUUGCCUUUCCUGUGGCUGUUUAGCUGUUGGUAUAAGAAAAAGGUGUUCUUCAAGCAAAAGUUUUGGAGGUGUAAUUAUGGAGAAUUUGUGGGGCUCUGCCGUACAGGUUUAUGGGAAUCUUAGGUGGAUAAUUUCUCAUGUUUCAUUUCUUGAAUGUGCUAUGCCAAAUUUCACAUGCUUUUGACCGCUAUGUAGAAUCACUAGAUUUGGUAAAGAACAAUUCACACUGUUCUGUAGGAAUGUUCCAGCUAUUUGGCACCUAGACUUGAAUUUCUCUGAGAUGUCUCUAGGGGGAGUCUAUUUGCUCACUUAUCCAUGUUUUCUGGGAUGUUCUCACUUCAGUGCAUCCAUUUCUCUAGCUCCAUUCUGUAAGUUUGUAUUCCCAGUCUUUUCCAGCCAGUCUUCUCUGCCUGUUUCUAUGAAAACUUUAUGUAGCUGCACUUUUUGCUUUUUACUAACUCACAGGCAAGCGUUGCUUAUGUUCUGCUCUCACAGUAUCAAUGACCUGUUUUAUUUCAGCAGAGUGGUAUCUUGCCUUCCAGGAGUAGCAUAUCUGAGCUAAAGAUGAGAGGACUGAGCAAAUGUUUUGUUCUGGAGAACUUGUGACAGAUUUUCAAACGGGAUGUAGCUUUUCAUACGUCUUCAGAAUUUGUCCUUUGAGGUAUUUUAAACUAAAAUAGAUCUUGUGCUGCCUUUCUUUGUAUUAAUAGUAGCCAGGUUCUUGCAGUUUGAUGCUGAGAUAGCAGGUUCAGAGUUGUAAGGCAGGAAAGAGGUUUCACUCCGCUUUCUGUGCAGUUCAGUGAGAGGGAACUUCAGUUAAAAAAACAAGUGAUCUUUCUGUAGUUAUGCAGCAUAGGGAACUAACUUGUCUUUUAAGCAACCUACUUUUACCCAAGAAGGGAAGAAAACCAUGCUCUUAAGUUAGAUAUAUGUACUAAACUUAAAGAGUAUCUUAUUUCUGUGUUGAAAAACGGGGUCAGACCUCACAUAGUCAUAAUACAGGAUUGAAACCUCUGAAGUGUCUUGGUGUAAAUAGGCCUUUUUUCAUAUAGGAUUGUACUUUCUUGUUUGAAAUUCCAGGAAGCUUCAGGUUUCAUUGUUUUGUGCUGGAAUGCUUUUUGAACAGGAGUUUUCUGGUUUUCAUAUGGCAGCAUUGUUGAAUUCACAGCAUCAGCUAUAGAGACCUGCUCAGUGCAGGCAGGCUUCAGGCGCAAAUGGCUUUUGGUACUUAAGACUGGAAGGGCAAGGAAGGUCUGUGCUGACUGACAUGCUAUUAAUAAUCAACCUCUGCACUGGUGCCUACUGUUACUGAAUACGUCUCAGUAAUCUAUGAACCUAGUUAAUUUUGUAACCUUCCAUGGUUUAGGUAGGUAUUGCCACGUUAUUAUCGGUGCUAAGUGUUCUCUGUUGAGGGCUUCCAGAAAAAGCUUUUGCAAUAGAGAGAACAGCCCCCUAGAAGGUGACAGCAAACUAGCCUGCAUCAGGAUUGGGUGUUGUAAGAGGGUGCAGUAGGUCCGUCCAUGUUUUCUGGCCUCCUGACAAAGUGCGACACUGCUGCGUUAAAAGAGAAGAAAUUGGAAGGGAGCUGUAACAGAGUAGUCAGCUCCUAUGGGGAUGCAGGGCAUUUGUAGGACUGAAGCCCUGUGGCUAGGUGCACUGGUGCACAGGAGCAGCCAUACCUGUGAGUGGGGUUGCCCUAUAGAACAGAGUCCAUCGAUGCUGCUGGUGCUAGCCAGGCUUAUUCCUGUCACAGGCUUCUGUAAGCAGAAGCAUGGAUGUAAAGCAACUGGUAGGUCUGCUUACGUGAGAGAUGUUGGGAGAAAGAAAAGCAGCUCUGGCAACCUGCAUGUGGCUGAGAAUGCUGAGCUGGUGGUAACUGCCUGUCUUGGCAGAGAAGAAAAAAAAGGUGAAGGCGUAGUCUUCAGAGUGUUUUCUCUGAACUGAAGUAUAUCCUGUUCUUAAUUGCACAGAGCUUUGUUCCCAGGAAAGAACAAAAAACAAAAAACACAGUGCAGGUUGUGAUUCCAGCAGUUCUGACUCGCCCCAGGCCAUGUGCUGCCUGGGCUCUGUGAACCAGCAUGGCCAGAGCUGUGCUGCAGAGUGAGGUGCGGGAGGCUGUGACUCCCUUGUGCUGGUAGCUCAGCACUGUACCCUAAAGCAUGCCACAGGUCAGGCCAUGAGCUCCCUCCUGUUGAAGAGAAGUGGGUUCGAGCUCAUGUAUUUAGAACUGAGAAGCAGUCUUUUACCCUUGUCCGCAUCAGUUGCUAUCUUUUGGUUGGAUCAAACAGAUAUUCAUGUUACUUCUAUUACCAGCCACGUCCACAGGGGGGAAAAGCUGCUAAAAUUGGGUAUAGUACCAAAACGUGACUGAAUUUUUUCAGUACAUUAUCUGCCAGUUCUUUGAUUUGGGACAGGAAAAGUUUAGUCUAAAACCUAUUUUUAUAGUCAAGUAAAAUAUUUUUAUGUUUGAUACGAGAUGUCAUUUAUUGCUAAGAACAGUUCAAGCAGAAUGCAAAAUAUUUUGUUCAAAGAUAUCCCUCACUUUGCCAUAUAACGGGAAGUAUUUUGUUGUUGUUCUAGUCAAUCUCAGAAACAAAUGCUAAGACUUCUGAUAAGCAAACGUUCAUCCCAACCUGGUUGCUACCAUUCACUCCCUUGCCAUAAUCCUGUCCUCCCACUCUCCCUGCUAAUUUGUUGCUGGGUGCCAUCUGGCAAGUCUCUAGUCCUGUGUCACAGAUCUGUAAUUAACUGUGUACAAUGAAUGAGGCUGAUUUACUGUGUACCUAAAGCCACAGUGAAACUGGAAUAAAUAGAAAGCGAGUACAUUGAAUAGCAGUGAAUUAAAGCAAAGCAGACUACUGAAAGUGUCUUCAGGAAGAAAUAAUGCCACUUGAUUGGUUUUGCUCCUCCACAGGGGAUGAAACUGGGAAUAAAAUACAUACUGCAUUCUGCCUUUCUCAAUUAGCUGUCACCUGUUAAAGAUUUCCUGUGUGGGAACAAACUCGCAGUUGUUGUCACUUAAAGAUAAAUCCUAUCUGCUCACUUCUGCACAUGCAAUACUUUAAUAUUAAACUGGAGCUAUUUUUCCUGUGACUGGCAUUUAAUCAGUUUCUUAACCUUUUUGGAAACAAUACACUAUUUUGUACAUUUUUAAUAAAGGUUAUUUGAAUUUUA